UCCUUCUGUAUCUUCAACAAUGCCUUCUGCGACCCUCAAAAUAUUCCUCAUCGCCAUUCACACCUCCUUGGCCGGCCUGCUCUAUGGCCUGGAUACAGGCUCUAUUGGCCCUGUCACUCAGAUGGUCCAAUUCAGUAAUUCCGUCGGCCAUCUUACCUCGACCAUCCAAGGUGUCUAUGUCGCCUCCAUUCUGCUCUCUGCAGCUUUGUCAUCCCUUUGCAGCGGUUAUGUCGCAGACCGCAUAUCACGCAAAUAUGGUAUCCUCACCGGGUCCCUCUUAGUUAUCAUCGGCACAGUGAUAUCUUCCUCUGCACGUAACUUUACCGCCCUCAUCUGUGCUCGCCUCAUCACCGGAAUAGGCCAGGGACAGAGCAUAUCCGUCGUCACAGUCUACCUAUGCGAAAUCGCACCACAAAACAUCAGAGGCGCCCUUGCGUGCAUGAUCCAACUGCUCAUCACAAUCGGCAUUGCGGUUGGCUACUUCGUUGCCUACGCUUCUGCUAACAUACACAAUAGUCUUGCUUGGAGAGUCCCAUUCAUCGCCCAAGCUUGUAUGGCGACCAUCCUCGCGUCAGGAAUGGCUUUCAUGCCAUUCUCACCUCGAUGGCUUGUUCAACAUGGUCGCAUCGACGACGCCAGAAAAGUCCUUCAAAAAAUGCGCGACAGUGACUCUGUCGAAAGUGAACUGCAAAGCAUCCAGAACAGCCUCGAACAAAGCGAGAACGAGAAGAGGGCAUCGUAUUCCGAGAUGUUCCAAAAGCGAUACAUUAAGCGCACCUUGCUUGGAAUUUUCUUAAUGUCUUUCCAGCAGCUCACUGGGAUUGACGUCAUAUUAUACUACGCACCGAUCCUCUUCACACAAGCAGGAUUCACCUCUCAACGUGCCGCUUUUCUUGCUUCUGGUGUAUCGGGUAUUAUUAAUCUGGUAUUCACCAUACCUGCGCAGAUAUGGGUAGACAAGUGGGGGCGAAAAUUUCCAUUGAUAGCUGGCGGUUUGGGCAUGGUGGCAUGUUUUAUGGGUGUGGGGGCAUUAUACGCGAGCCAUGGAGGUAAAGUUGAUGGUGACGUCUAUCUGGAAGGUAAAGGACCACAAUGGGCAGUCAUCAUUCUAAUCUAUCUUUUCGUGGCAAAUUUCUCGUGGUCUUGGGCUGUGGUUGGGAAGAUAUAUGCUUGCGAGAUCAUACCCACCCGCCUCCGUGCGAAAGCAUGUGCUGUCCAACAGCUGUCAAAUUGGCUCGUGAACUUCGCUGUCGCGUUGACCGCCCCUCUGUUUCUACGGGCCUCACCUAGCGGACCAUAUUUCUUUUUCGGUUCCACGACACUCUUCACCGUCACCAUCUGCUGGCUUUUUAUGCCCGAGACGAGUGGUAAAAGUCUGGAAGAAAUUGAAGGAUUGUUCGAGCUGAGGCCAAGGCUUCACGUCGAAGAAAUGGAGGUGGAAUGAAAACUCACAGAAUUCGAACUACUGGGAAUGUGACCCCAAAAGCACGGUUAUUCAUGUAAUGGUACUGUAUAUCAGCCAGAAUAACACUGCAUCUGCUAGGCCGAUUAUUACAAAACAAUGACUGGAUGUUAGCAUGCCUGACAUGAUCCAACCCCAAGAUUGCUCCACGGACCCAUGGGCCAGAAUAAGGUGUAGCAACGAGCAGACCCCCUUGAAUCAACACGCCGAAGAUAGCCAUGAGCUUAUCUGCAAUGAAAGCGGCCGUAUCAAAUGGGGGUUGGUUAUUGUCAACUCAAUUCAAUUGCAAUGCACUCUUUGAAUUUGUAAAGCCACAUCCGCUCGAAGAAGCUUUGAUUCCCCUAUCCAUGGUAUAGUUGGUGCGAACCCGAGGG